AUGUGGAUGGAUACUUCAAUUAAUCUAGAAGAUAAAAAAUAUUUGGAUCCAAUAUUUGAGGCUAUUGAAAAAGGAAAAAUUUCUGAGAUGGUUUUUCCUGGAGGUACUGGUCAUAGUAUAAAAUAUGCAACUAAUUUGAGAAUGUUCACCUACACACCGAUUAUUACUGAUUGGAUUAAAAUUGAAAAUCAAAAAUGGGAUGUUGAAAUGUAUGAUGCAAAUUUCAUUAUAUUACAUAAAAGCGAGUAUACAAAAAAUUUUCUUAAAUGGUAAAUUUAG